AUGCUGGAAAAAAAAGAACUAGAAAAUGACAUACUACGCUAUAAUGAGCUUUUGAAGCGCUCCGAAGAAUUGGAGAAAGACAUACCUCCCAGGCGAGAACCAAAGAGACCAGCCAAACCUGCAAAAGCACAGGUCAAGGAAGUCAAAGUGAAGAAGGAGCCAGCCAAAGUCAAGGUGAAAACGGAACCCAAGGGCACUAGAAGGCAGCCACCGAGAAAGAGCAAAGUUGCUGUGAAAAUGGAGGAAGAGGAGGAGGAGAUCGCCAGAAAGCCUAGUAUACCACAAAGGAAGCGUCCUAAACCAAAGGCCAAAGAAGAAAUGAGAAACUGUCCCAAAAGAAUCAAGUAUUUUCUGAGCCACAGGCCCGUGAAGAAGGAGGAACAUGAAGAGAAGUACCUUCGUCUGAAGGUGAGAUCUUUCGAGGACCACAUAUCAGUAACUCUGUCGUAUAGUGACUUGAUCCAGGCGGUGAAGGAAGACGAAGGAAAAACGCUUGAUUUCGGGAUGCUGAUGAACUUGCUUCCGAAAAACAUUGCUUUUGAGAAGAAGCGGUUUGAGUUUGGCAGUUCAAGCGAAUUUGACUCCGUACUAGAUCGCCGCCACAGUUUCAACGACGACAUUGAUCGAUUUUUUCGACAAAUAAGCGAUGGAGGUGCUUUUACGGCGUCAAGCGAUGUACCUCUAGUGUGA